AUGGCCAUUUCGUCUGUCACAGAGACGUCAAUAUUGGAGAAGCGAAACAACAUAUACAAUUGGGUGCGCGACCAUCGGAUCCACCACAAGUUUUCCGAGACGUCCGCAGACCCACACGAUGCGCGCCGAGGCUUUUUCUUCUCCCACGUCGGCUGGUUGAUGAUGAAGAAGCAUCCAGAAGUGAUCAGAGAAGGACGCAAGGCUGACAUGAGCGACAUCGCUAACGAUCGUCUUGUGCAGUUCCAUACAAAGUAUUUCAAUACCUUUAAAAUCUUCUUCUGCUUCUUGCUGCCGACUCUGACACCCGUUUAUGGGUGGGGUGAAUCCUGGAUGAGCGCCAUCAUAUCGCAGCCAAUUUUAAGAUACGUGCUUACUUUGAACUUCACCUGGUCCGUUAAUAGCUUCGCUCAUAUUUGGGGAAACAAACCAUAUGACAGACAUAUAAAGCCCGCUGAGAAUUGGGCAGUGUCUGCCGUGGCGAUGGGUGAAGGAUGGCACAACUAUCACCACACUUUCCCGUGGGACUACAAAGCAUCAGAAUUGGCAUACGUCAAUAACACUACCACAUUCAUUCUCAACCUUUUCGCAAAAAUAGGCUGGGCGUAUGAUUUGAAGCAAGCUUCUCCUAGCCUCAUCAAAGCUGUAAUACAAAACAGGGGAGAAAUUGCACAUCAAGAU